ACUGGUGGUGGUGCUGAUGCUGCUGAGCUCUGUAUCCGAGCAGCGGCAGACAGAGAGUGAGGAGCUGAGGACCACGGGCAUCACUUAGGAGGGGGAUCAGCAUUGGUGGAACUUCUUUGACAGUUUUCUGGUUUGGGACACUGAACGAGUGGGACAGAAUGACCCUUGCAGCUUACAAAGAGAAGAUGAAGGAGCUCCCCCUGGUGUCUGUCCUCUGCUCCUGCCUCCUCUCAGAUCCCACAGAGAAGCCCACAUACAAGGCUGAAGAUGCAGUGGACCUCAACUGGUGUGUGAUCAAAGAAGUCGAGGUGAUUGAGCUGAACAAGAGGGCGUCCGGACAGGCGUUUGAGGUGAUCCUGAAGCCCCCCUCCUUUGAUGGCGUGCCUGAGUUCAACACCUGUAUGCCCCAGCGCCGGGACCCUUCCCUGGAGGAGAUCCAGAAGAAACUGGAGGCGGCGGAGGAAAGGAGGAAGUGUCAGGAGGCAGAGCUGCUGAAGCACCUGGCAGAGAAGAGGGAACACGAGCGUGAGGUCAUGCAAAAGGCCAUCGAGGAGAACAACAACUUCAUCAAGAUGGCCAAGGAGAAGCUGGAGCAGAAGAUGGAGGCCAACAAGGAGAACAGGGAGGCCCUCCUGGCAGCCAUGUUGGAGCGCCUACAGGAGAAGGACAAGCACGCAGAGGAGGUGAGGAAAAACAAGGAGCUGAAGGAGGAGGCCUGCCGGUAGACAACGUGAAACCGG